AUGGACCAAGUUAAACCUGUAAGCACACCUCUAGGUCAACAUUUCAAGCUGUUCACUACUCAAGCCCCACAAACUGAAUCUGAAAUGGAGUUUAUGCACCAAAUACCUUAUGCUAGUAUGGUAGGAAGUGUGAUGUAUGCAAUGGUCUGUACAAGACCUGAUCUUACCUAUGCUGUCAGUGUUGUUAGUAGGUUUAUGAGUAACCCUGGUAAGGCACACUGGCAUGCUAUUAAGUGGCUAUUAAGAUACAUUUUAGGAACCACUAUGUUGGGCUUGAAAUAUGGGAAUAAUGUUAAAGAAGGUUGUGAAUUGGAAGGGUUUGUAGAUACUGAUUAUGCUGGUAGUGUGGAUACUAGAAAAUCUUCAACAGGAUAUGUUUUUACUGCUUUUGGAGGGACUAUUAGUUGGAAGUCAAAUUUGCAAUCUGUUGUAGCCUUGUCUACAACAGAGGCUGAGUAUGUAGCUAUGACAGAAGCAAUAAAGGAAGCCAUAUGGCUGAAUGUAUAUCAUGAAAGGUCUAAGCACAUAGAUGUUAGGCUUUAUUUUGUAAGGGAUGUAAUUGAGUCUAAAGAAGUUGGAGUGGAGAAAAUUCCAACUGAGGAAAAUCCCUCAGAUAUGAUGACUAAGUCCUUGCCAUUAGCAAAGUUCAGACACUAUCUGAACUUAAUUAAUGUGAAAACUGUUGGGGUCCCUUAG